AAAAUAUUCUCUCGGCACAAAAAUGGCCCAUUUGUCAGAACUAUGCACUUUGUGAAUGGGCUUCAGAUAUCAGGGGAAAUGGAUAAGGGUUCAUCAUCAUCUUCUUCUUCAUCGGGCUGCAGUGGGGCCGACUCCUUCAAUGGCUUGAAAUUCGGCAAGAAAAUCUACUUUGCCGGCGCGUGCUCAGCAGCGCCUCCGCCGCCGCCGCCGUCCCCGGCCAAGAAAGGGCGGACGGCGGCGGCGCAAGGCGGGCAGCCACCGCGGUGCCAGGUGGAGGGGUGCAGCGCAGAUCUAAGUGAUUCCAAGCCUUAUUACAGCAGGCACAAAGUUUGUGCUGUCCACUCAAAAUCUCCAACCGUCAUUGUUGCUGGCCUUGAGCAAAGGUUUUGCCAGCAGUGUAGCAGGUUCCAUCAGUUGCCGGAAUUCGACCAAGGUAAACGGAGUUGCCGGAGGCGGCUCGCCGGCCAUAACGAGCGUAGGAGAAAACCGCCUUCUGGACCUCUCAUGUCUCCACACUAUGGGACCCUUUCUACUUACGAUGACUAUGGCCAAGCUGGAGGUUUUGUGAUGGACUUUAGCAGCUACUCAUCAAACAUAAGCUCCGAACAAGCCAUAGAGAAUCAAUCACCCGUCCCACAAAAAUAUGAUCUUUCCUGGCAAAGCAAUUCGCACGAUCGUCUUCCUAGUCCCAUCCAAAGCCCGAACCUAAGGCUCGGAAUACCUCCAGAGGGAUGUUUCAAUGGGGUACCGAAUUCCAACCCUGGUGCUCUCUCUCUUCUGUCAAACACAUCUUGGGCCUCGAGAACCCAACCACAAGACUUGGGUUUAGGCCCAAACGAUUUUCUCGGGCCUUCAAGCGCCACUAUCGGUCAAUUUCCAAGCGGGCCGUGGGGCUUUAAGGGCAAUGAAGGUGGUGGUGACUCCAUGCACGAUUUGGCUCCGGGUAUGGGUUUUGCUGCAUUUUCUCAGAGUUCUUCUAACAUGAGAUCGAGCAACGAGCAUUACCAAGAACAUGAGAUCGAGCGGUCGAGUGGGUAUGAUUCCCCAGUUCAUCAGAUUCAUUGGUCACUUUGAAAGGUUUUAUUUGAUGUUUUGUUUUUUUUUCAUCUUCUUUUGUUUUUCCUUCUCAUUUUAGUGGAAACAGCCAAACAGGGACUUUGUAUUUGUCAUUUAAUUCCUUCAGACCUAAUAAGUUUGAGAGAUUGAAGAGUAUCUAUUAUUGGCUUAUUGCACAAUGUGUGAUUUCCAUGUCCACAAGGCAGCUGAGUUAAAGGUUAUAAAUAG